AUGAUCCCCCUCAUCUGUCUGUCCUUGCUUUCCUCCUUCCCACUCCAUACUCAACACCCUUCUUUCAUUCAUCUACCUCCACAUACCAAUUUGCUUCUUCUCCUCCUCCUUCUUCCCAAAACUUUCUUCCCUGCCUCCUUCCACUUUCAUUAUAACCGUUGGCUUGAAGAAGAGCUACAAGGAUUUUUCUUAAUCAUAUUAGAUAAUAGACAGACAAAAUUUACCACUGCUCUCGAAUUUCAAAAACAGUUCUUUACCUUGUUUGUCUGUCUGUCUGUCUGUCUGUGUCCUUUCUUCAAGAGUCCUUUUCUUAAUAUCAUGACUUCCUUUACUUAUUUUUUUUUGGCUGUCUUCUUUCUUGUUGAGUGUCAACCUUUGCCCAUCUCUUUCUGUUGCUGUCUAAUUUCAAAAUCAGGUCUUUACCUUGUUUGUCUGUCUGUUCUUUCUUCAAGAAUCCUUUCAUUGAUAUCAUUAAAUCCUUCCUUCCUUUCUUCUCUUUUAAUUUGUCGGAUUUCCAUUAUCUUAUCUUAG